AUGUCGGCCCCUCCUAAAAGGUCCUCCUCUGCCAGAGCAGGCGGCGACAAAGACAAAUCCAAAGUCCACAAGCUCUCCCUCAAAGGCUCCGCCAAAUUAGUCGCCGAAUUUUUCCAAUAUUCCAUCCAUACUAUCCUCUUUCAACGCGGCGUCUAUCCUGCCGAAGACUUCUCCGCUGUCAAAAAAUACGGCCUCAACAUGCUCGUGUCCUCGGACGAUCAGGUCCGGUCCUACAUCAGGAAGAUCAUGUCCCAACUCGACAAGUGGAUGCUCGGCGGCAAGAUCUCCAAGCUCGUUAUUGUCAUCACGGACAAAGACACCGGUGAACAUGUGGAGCGGUGGCAGUUUGAUGUACAAAUCUUCAAGAAGGCGUCCUCAUCAUCCAAGUCAAAAACAUCAACACCGAUCGGGGACGAAAACACAGGGGAGGAGAGGCCAACAGCGACCGAGAAGGAAAAGGACAAGACCGAAGCCGAGAUCCAACAGGAGAUUGCGGCGAUUUUUCGACAGAUCACUGCGAGCGUCACGUUCCUGCCGCAGCUGAGCGGGAAUUGCACCUUCAACGUGCUGGUGUAUGCUGAUGCUGACAGCGAGGUGCCCGUCGAGUGGGGAGACAGCGAUGCCAAGGAGAUCAAGGACGCGGAAAAGGUACAGCUGAGAGGGUUCAGCACGGCAAACCACAAGGUCGAGACGCUGGUCUCGUAUCGGUUGGUGGAGUGA